AUGGAUGCCCUGCGUGAUCUGCCCUACCAGGACCUGGGUUACGCCAGGCUGGACCACCACCGGCCCCUGCGGACGGGUUGGCCGGAGGUCGUACUGGCGGAAGGGAAGACCCGGGAACAGGUUGCCGGGAUCGUGUUCGCGAUGGCCGGAAGAGGCCAUCCCGUGCUGGUCACGCGCGCCGCGCUCGAGGUUUACGAGGCCGUCGUCGCUGACGUUCCGACCGCGCGUUACAACGAGUUGGCGCGCUGCAUCGUGGUACCGGAAAUCGCGGUACCGGAAAGCGUGGUCCCGGAAGAGGGAUCGAGAGGGCCGGCGGACCUGGGCCUGCUGAUCGUCACCGGCGGUACCGCCGACCUGCCGGUGGCGGAAGAGGCCGCGCUGACGGCGGAGAUCAUGGGAUGUCAGGCCGCCCGGCUUAACGACGUCGGCGUGGCGGGCCUGCAUCGCCUGCUGGCCCAGCGGCAACGGCUGCAGGAAGCGCGGGUUAUCAUCGUGGUCGCGGGGAUGGAGGCAGCGUUGGCGAGCGUGGUGUCGGGGUUGGUAUCGGCGCCGGUGAUCGCGGUGCCCACCAGCGUUGGAUACGGGGCAAGUUUCCAGGGGUUGGCGGCGCUGCUGGGGAUGCUGAACUCCUGCGCUCCGGGGAUAGGCGUGGUGAACAUCGACAACGGGUUCGGAGCCGGCUACCUAGCCGCGCAGAUCUGCCGAAUGCCCGAGGCGAGCGCGGAUCCCGGUGCAGCGGUUGCUCGCGAGGGGACUGGGUUGAACGGGCGGAGAUGGUUGCUGCUGGGACUGCUGACCGUAGCGGUAUUCGGCGGCCUGUUGGCGUACGGGGAUUUUCGGCAGGUUGGCAGGGUGCUGUUCGACUCUCCGGCUGCAUACGCCGGAUUCGCGGCGGCGGCGGGCCUGGCCGUGGUCAACUACGGGUUGCGUUACCUCCGAUGGUCCAUGUACCUGCACGCGCUCGGGAUCAACGUACCGGCUUCGGUGAGCGCCCCGGUAUUCGUGGCGGGGUUGGCCCUGUCGAUCACGCCGGGCAAAGUCGGCGAACUGCUGAAGAGCGUGUGGCUCAACCAGCGGACGGGCGUACCCGUACCGGCGUCCGCGCCCGCGGUGGUGAUGGAGCGGCUGACGGACGUUAUCUCCGUCGCCCUACUGGGGACUGACCGGCGUGCUGCUGUUGCCCACGGCGAUCGCGUUGACGGUUGGCGCCCUGCUGUUGAUCGGGCUGGCUGUUGGGCUGCUGGCGGCGUCACGUCGCAGGACGGGCUGCGUCGCCUGAUGUCGCCCCGGCUGCUGGCGGCGGCGGUGGCGUUGGGCUUCCUGGCGUGGGCGGCCGAGGGUUUGGCGCUAUGGGUAAUCAUCGUCGGGUUGGGUGACUCGGUGGCCCUUGGUGUCGCGCUCCCGGUAUCAGCGGUGGCGGCCUUAGUGGGCGCGGUUACCGCGCUGCCGGGCGGGCUGAUUGGAUUUGAGGGCAGCAUGGUGGCGCUCCUGGGACAGGCCGGCCUGCCGGCGGCGACGGCGGCGUUGGCGACCCUGCUGACCCGGUUGGCCACCCUGUGGCUGGCGGUGAUCGUUGGCGGGUUGGCCUGGCUGUGGCUGGUCCGCACCGGGAGGAGCAGUGCAACCGCAGUGGCGACCGACGCGGGGGCAUCCGGUCAGCCAUGA